AUGCAGUGUAAAGCGAGAAGACGACCAUGUACUUUUUCAAAAGAAGGUCCUACACAAGAUGCAGAUGACGAUCUCGAUAGUAACGCCGGCUCCGAUACGCCCUAUCUCAGCACCCACGAUGAGCGGUCGAGUGAAUCGACUGUCGCACAUCCAGACUCAUACAAGUCACCACGACCUAGCCGAGAAAGACCUAGGGAUGAACGGCCGGAAAACACAGAAGACUUUUUGUUCAGUUGGGAUGGUGUCAACACCAACGGCACAGCUCAGAAGACAGUGCCAGCGAGUCUGACUCGCACCCAAGAAAUACUGGACUCGUUGUGUAAUAACGCCAUUGAAAUACCGGGUGGUAAAAGGGAACUUCAUAGCUUUAAGCUAACUUCGGAUACGUCCUUGUUUGGCUCACAAGGAUCAUCGCAUACCUGGGAGCCCGAACCACCACUCCCCACUGUCUACAGUGGCCCGCUGACCAUGCCACCCAAAGCCACUCAAGAGCGUCUGAUAAGGACUUACUUUGAAAAGCGACAUAAUGUGUUUCCUGUCAUGCCACGCAGAAUGUUGAUGCAGCAACUCUCAGUCAAAGGCUACCUUAUUACUCCGCUUCUACUGAACGCCAUGUACGCCCACGCUGCUAUAAACUUAAACGAAGAAGAUGCUGACUUAUGCGAACCUGCAAAUGUUUACUUUAACCGUGCAAAACAACUCAUCGACGACUUUCUGGAUAUCCCUCGUAUUAGUACGGUCAUCGCACUGUGUCUGUUAUCAUUGUAUGAGUUCCAAGAUCCUCAACAAUCCCGCUUCUGUCGAUCUUCCGUAUACAGUGGCGUGGCUUUUAGGCUCUGUUAUGACCUCGGAAUGUGUCGAUCCUACACUAUUGGUGAUCGUAUGACCAACAACGAUAUUGAGUUGCGAAAGCGAGUAUUUUGGGGUUGCUAUUGUCUGGACAAGCUGCAGAGUAUUGAUACCGAUGGCGCUUGGAUGAUACGAUCAGAGGAUUUUGAAAUCGAUAUGCCGGUCUUUCAAACCGCCGAUUUUGCAACCGAACAUGAAACGUUGGAAGGAUUUGUCGCCUAUAUCAAGUUGAUGCAGAUUGCGGAAAGAGUUAUGCAUUUUGAAUCUUUUCAGGUCAAGCAGACCAUGGUACGCACAAGAGAGCACGAACAAAUGCUUCUUAGCUUCAACAACGAUUUGAUCAACUGGCUGCGAUCCCUUCCACCUCAUUUACAAUGGACGCCUCUACCUACCCAAGCCAACGCAACCGCUCCUCAUCCACCAGCCAACGCCAUUGUCUCCCACAUCCACCUAGUGUAUAACGUCAUUGAAUUGUCUGUAUUGAAACCUUACGCCAACUCCACCAACAAGUUGAUUCAGCAUCGAUGCCAUACUGUAGCGGAAAAUGUCACCCAGCUUGCUACCUUCCUAUACCAACGUCGAGACUUUAUUGCAACUUACCGAUUCUUGGCCUCUGCUCUUAUGCGUGCAUCGGUUGUACAUAUGAAUGGGUUGGGUGAUUUUUCAUAUAAAUCAAACAAUCACCCAAAGCAAUUACUGCAGGCGUCUCUGAAAAUCCUACGUGACCUCUUACAACAUAGAUCCCUCCCUUCCGUUGAGCAGUUUGCUAUCUCAUUACAAAAUUCACUUGCCCAUGAUGCCACCUCCAGCUCCUCGUCCUCCAGCCCGCAUCACGCUGGAAACUCUCCCCAACCACGUCGUGGUCAAAACAAUGGUAACAACUAUCAUCAGCAAGUCAACGGUAUCCAUUCGGAGGAGGAAUCAAGAUCGGAUAGGUCGCUGGGUUACAAUGAACCGCAUCGGGCUGGGCAGAAACGAUCGUACUCGGACAGACAAUCUCCACCAAAUCAACGUUCAUCCAUGCAAGCAAAUCACAUUGUUCUCAAUGGUGACGAGCAGCGUGCAGCCGAAGUCUUGACCUACGCAUUUCCUUCCCAGCAACAUAUCUCUUCUAAUUCCAAUCAAAGACAAUCUUCUUUACGGUAUACGAGUGGUCAAAAUCCAACUCAGGAAGAAAACUAUGCUAUUAAUCUCGUCAUGGGAGAUCAUUGGCCAACAACCUCUUCCACGGCUACCCUGUCACAGCAUGCUGUGGUCCCCCACCCUGCCACUUUCCCGCACGGGUUGUCACCUCAGGCCAACGGUCAAUCCCCAUCUCAUCCCAAUCCACAGUUUAAUUCCUAUAAUAUGUCGUCAAAGCAUCAACGUGAUCACAGUAACCAUAUGGUUACUCUUGUUUCAGACCCUAUGCAACAGCACGAUCCACAUCCAAGCCAAAACGCUAUGGAGUCGCAUCACCCUGCGGAUCCUGCCACAGGCAAUGUUGGUGACCGGGGUUGGGAUAAUCCACCCCAUACAACGAACGGAUUCGACAAUCGGGAUGAUCCUUUACUUUACUCUAUUGCAGCCGCAGCAGCCUCCAACGAUACAUGGCCAGCGCAAGAUAAUGACAAAUGGUUGUCAUCACAAACCAUAUUUGAUCGAUCUCCUCCUCAGCAACAGCGAAACGAUGAGCAAUCUCGACUCAAUGUACCACCGCAGCAACCUCAGUACAUGAACAUCGGUUUAGGUGUGUAUGCGUCAGCUCAUCAACACCACACCGAUGUUAUUCGCCAGCACUUUAUGGCCACGGAUGAUCGAAAUAACAGCGUACGGCCCGUCAUAUUAACUCACCAUGGCAACGUCGUGGUUGCCAAUGAGAAUACAGUGAACGGCCUUGCACGCGACCGAUCCACUACUUGA